GAACACCGUUUCCAUCAAGGAAACACCGCUGCAAAUUUUGCUCGCAGAAAGGAAUGGUUACUAUGAUGCAGGUAUCGUGCCUUUGUUUCUGCAUCGGGUCUUGUCAAUUGCGCUAACUUCGGCGGAGUGGUUGGCAAUAUUGCACGAGACGAUUUCUACAAUAGCUCCAGCAAUGUCUCUGGAUGGAGAGGAUGACAGCUUGAAUGCCGCGGUUGACUUUUGGCGCAACUUUGGGAAUUGCGCGACUGCUGAUGUUGGGGCGAUGUUGCUGGAAGAUAUUUCCAGGUUUACUGUCGCACGUGCCGUGGUAAAGGCUGGGACAGCUCUAUUGGCAUCCAGCAGAAUUUUUUUCCACAACUUGUAUCAGGAUGUUGCCAGCCGAAGCCCUGGAGAGUUCAAGUUGACAAUCCACAGCUACAUUCAAGAUGCCACGAACUCCGGUAUUUUGAAAGGAUCGAAACUGGCAGCUUUGAUCCUUCGCAGUGCAUACUUGCGUGACUAUGUGGCCAAUGCAGCCGAUGGAUGUGAAGAUGAAACCUAUGACUUUGAUGAUGCGCGGAAUUUUGAUUUUACAUCAUGGUUCGAGACCAUUGUGAGGGUCGCGGACAUCCUCCCUGUUCAUGGCAGUGAUUCUGCGGUCACUGCAGCCCAAACUUUGAAACAUUUGGAAGGACCCAACGAAUGCGGGGCCAGAAAGAUAUUGGCAGCAGAUGUUGCCGACCAGCCCAACACAUUUUUCGCAGAUUUCACGUGCUUAGAGCACUCGCAGCAUUUAGUGUCACUCUCAUGCCUGAAGGCUGCAGACAGGAUGGACAAUUUAAUGCACGCAGCAUCGGGCUACAAUCGCAAGAUCACUGUGCCAAUGGGCCGUGGGAUAACCAUUCUCUUUGCACUGGCUGCGGAUCACGCACGUCACUUCAGUGCCUUGAGCCUUUGUGGUCGUAACGUUCGGUUGUUCAUUACCUUGCGGGGUGUGGCUGGCAUGGUUCAGCCUGACGUGCAGGCUUCUGAGCGGCUUAACAAAAUGUUAAGUCUCUUCGGACAGCGAUGCCCUUCCGGAUCACUCGAUCUGUGUACGGCCAGAGCUUGCAUGAAGCAUUUCCUUGGUGUUAAUGGCUAUGGGCUUGGUGGAAAGAGAAGGUUUUCAGACGUGAAGGAAACUGCAAAACAUCUCUUUGACGAGUGUGUAUCAGGAUGGCCGCUCAUAGAGGACGUGGAUAAGCUCGAAAACCGUUUUGCCCCUGCUGAAACUCGCUCAGACCUUCUCAGCUUGAGUGACGCAAAUAAAAAGUACAGAGAAUGUGAUCCCUUUUUCCAGCCGCGAGUGACCCCCGCAACACUGUGGGCAGCAAGUAUGAAUUCCAAACUAUCCAAGAGACGUGCCCAGCGAAAGUUCAGCUACUGCGUAGAUGGUCUUCCUGCAAUCUCUUUUGUGAUGUCACCGAAAGGCAUUGAUGACGCAGUGUGUGCGCCAUUGAUUUUUCUGGUCACUGACAAAGUCCGAACAGCCAUUCAUUUGGUGGCAUUCAGACGACAGACCCAAGCGGAUGCAACUGCAAACGGUCCCUUCAAAUAUGCAAUUCACACGCCAUGGUCGUUUACAAAGAGCCAUGAUGCUCUUCUACGUUUCUACAACCUGUUGAAAGAUGAUCAAACAACGAUUUCAGCCGUGGAAUUUCUGGUGCGUGUUCAUAAUGAUGCAACUUUGGAGCCGAUCGAUGGUACUUCAACAACACUGUUGACAUUUCAGCGAAUGGACCAUGCUUCCAAGACAACAUUCACGGCCCUUGCUGAUGAGACGGACCACAACACUGGUGAUGGUGACGACUCAGACGGUCCGGGUUCCGAUGACGAUGACGAUGAUAACUCUGAGCCUCAAGGGUUUCAUGAGCUUUCUUCUUUGAUGCAACAAUUUCGAAGUGAGAAUCCUGAACGGCAACCUGAAUUCAAUGUCAAUCUUGAUGACCCCGUCGACGCGUUGAAUGAGUUUGUUGAAGACGCCGAUGCAGAAGACUGCUCAAAUUUGAAUGUGCCUGACAGUGAGUUAGCCCGCCAGUCUGCUGCCAAGUCUUUGGGUGAAUCUGACAUGGAAGGUGAUGCUGAUGCUGAUGAAUGGAUCAACGAACAAAUGUCGCAAACCCUGGAAAAGGAGCGGUGCCAGUUUGAAUCAGAGAUUGCCGGAAAGGCUUUGAAAACAGGCGCCAACAUUCAGGGCCAGAACUUCAUGGAAAUUGCAGAAUCCGUUGUUGCAGAGCCUCGAACACAGAUCACAGUGAGUUUUGACGUUUUGAGUCUUGUGGUGGAGUCCUUGUACAUUAAAGAAGGUGCUACCGAGGAAGAAGCGAUGGUCGAAGCAUCAUUGCAUAGCAAGCAUGGGCUCGGCGUGAUGGGUAACCAUGAGGAGGAGACUGAGGAUGGUUUGGACACCAAUCAGGGCCCAAUGGCCACAGCAAGGCCCACAUCUGGGUCAUUGCAAGCGUCUGCUGUAGAUGUGAAAGCCUUCUGUCCGCUCAACAUUUUGUGUUUGCUCGAUUUUGUUGGCAGACAGCAGGUUUUUUCUGAGCAGCCGAGCUUGAGUUCAAUUGACAUCCGAAAUGGCACACAUCAUGUGGCUUUUCUGGUGGAAGGGGCAUUGAUUGCAUGGGCCAAGGAAACCUUGGCUGCAGCCGCGAUUUUGCAGGACGCGCAUUCAGCCAGACAAAGCCACGGUCGUUUUACCCGGGACAACCGCAACCUUGCUUUGGCUAUUUUGGACCUGCCUUCCUUAGGAUUUGCUCUUUGUGCUCUUCAAUCAUUCAUUCUUCAAGCAGUGCGGAGGCAAGCUGUGAUUGUCCCAUCAGACCAGGAACAGGAACAGGAACCACAUGAACGCUCUGACGCUGAGGACACCGUUGUCAUGUCUGAGAUCACCAGUAUUACUGGGCAUAUUCGUUCGGAUGAUUCGAAUGGUCAAAACCGAGAGGCCAUUGGUGAAGACCAGGAGCCUGUUGAUUCGCCGUUCGAUAUUAGUCUUCUUUUCUCUGCAGAUGAGGAAAAUGAUGAAUAUGAUGAACGCGGCCCGGAGAUUGCGGCGGACCCGGAUGGGAAGGAUCGGUCUGCCAAGGCUCAACGGACCCAUUUGUCUUUUCUGUUUCAGUUUCACUUGCGCAGUUUAGGUUCAUGGCAGCUUUCUGGUGCCAUGAGGAACUUUGCGUGCAGGGUGUUGAAACCCAAUCAUGAGUUCUACUUGGUGGAGUCAGGGCUGAAAGAUUCCAAUCGACGUGGUGUGUGGAGAAUUUGGGCCAAGGCCAUGUUCACAGGCAACACCUUUGUGACGCACGAAAAUCUUGAGGAACACUUCUCUCAACAUCGUUUGACACGGAAGGAAUAUGAUUCCCUCAGCAGCAAAUGGUCCACGGACAAAGGUGGAUUCACCAUGUGGGGAGUGAAGAUCAUAGAGACAAUGGUCAAGACGCCGAUGUAUGUUGCUGCGAAGGGUGGUGAGGAAACUUGGAUGUCAUUCACAUUGGCCAACACAUGUGCAAACAUUGACGAUGUGCAUGCGCAGGGAAGCCCUUCUGUCGCAAAACGUGGUCGGGACAGUCGCAAGCCCCCUGGUGCCCUUGGAGACAUCACCAAUUUCGUCCAUGUGAAGGAGAAGACCCCACCAGUGCCAAACGAGAUUGAGAAGCCGAUGAGAUUUGAACGCCAAGAGCAUGUGGAAGAUGCCAAGAACAAACAAGUUGAUGACUUUGACACCCUAUCUGACGCAUUGGCAGCUACGAUGACUGAUUGCUACCCAGACCUAUUUCCCGAUGAUGCUCGACGAGAAUGCACCGGUCAUGAUGCUGCAUCAGUGAUAGGUUUGCGUUUGGACACAGCAGCACUUGAGAAAUCUGAGGGCCAACCCGGGAACUUUGAGGUGUCAGAUAACCAAGUUCAAGCUGGUCCUCAUGCUCAUGCUCCAGACCCAGCGGUUCCAGGUGGUGAUGACCCCGGUGUGGCAGUGAGUUCUGGGAAGGGUGUUGACAAAGGCAGUGCAACCCAGCAGCAACAUCACCAACCCGGCCAACUUGGUUCUGGUGCUGAUAUGGGAUUUUUUGGUGGUAUCAGCGAUGACGAUGCUGCGGCUGCGGCUGCCCCAACAUUGCUGGACCCUUCGCAAGCCACGGCCCCUGCUUCUUUUGCUGAGAUUGCCGUCAAUCGCACUAUCCCUGUGCCUGCCGCCAAUACACCUGAACCUGAACCUGACAAUUUCGUCAAGGGGCUGUCACAUGUUAGGCGCAAGGUUUCCAACAUGAAGGAAAACUUUGAGUUCUUCAAGCAUGCUGUGGAUGAGGUGUGUUCUGAUGGUGAGCCGAUUCGAUCAUCAUUCCGAGAUGGUUUCAAGCUCACAGACAACGACUUUUUGGACCCAGUGGAGUUGCAAGCAGGAAUCAGCAACCUUUCAAUCUCUACAUCCUACUCGGGUGUUGGGGCGCCAGAAGUAUGUGCACACUUGCUCAAGAACGAGGUGGAAUCCAAGUUAGGUCACAAGAUAUCAUCUCCCGAAAUCUACUUUCAGAUGGAAUAUGAUGAGGCAUGCCGCAGUGAACUUUCUUUGCUGGACAAGGUGACAGAUCCUGAACAAUCUACUUGUUUGUUUGGUGAUCUAUGUGACUUCUACGUGGAUUCACUUCAGGAUGUCGUGAAACAUUUGAUGCAGAAGCCAGAUCUGGCUCUGGAGAUUCUUGCAAAGAUGAUCACAACCGGAGAAGCAGUGAAAUCUUCUGCCUAUUGCUACAAGCACAAGAAGGUCUGCGAACUGAGAAUGGCUCUGCUUCAGCUGGCAGGCACAUCCUGCACAGCCUAUGCCCCUUGUGGCAACCAGAAGGGCAUCCAGGAUUCUACGAUUCUGGCCUUUCUUGCCUGGUGCGCCUUGAGGGUUUUGCUACAGGAGCCGCUCAUAUUGCACGAAAACUCGGAUCGAUUUCCCAUUGAGCUACUGUUCCGUUUGUUGGGCCAUUUGUAUCACAUUGACUCAACCAUUGUCGAAGCUUUGAAAUAUGGAGGUGGUGUGCGCAGAAAGCGAAGGCUCACCAGGUUGAUCCACAAGGGCAAGGUUCUCUCGAUGGACAACCCGGGGUUCCUUCGUUUUGAUGAACGGUUCCACAGGGAUUGCCACAUGGCAUGGAAGGCUUACUACUGCCAGCACUUGAUGGACGACUCAACAUCUAAGGCAGAGUUGGAGGAAGACAUGAAGUGGAGUGCAUCCAGGGCUGCUGUGGUUCGAUAUCGUGCAAGCAGUGCAAGCACAAGUGUGGCGAUGAUGAUGAUGCCACCAGAGCACGAUCCUAUGGCAGAUGGCUCAGCGGGAGAGAAGCUCUUUUGGCCCAAGCAUUUCCUGUUCACCCCGAACUACACAAGGACUUGUGCAAGCACCAUCUUUGCCUAUCAGGGGACUUCAUGCGAUACGAAAGGGAUUGAAGCGCAAUGA